AUGUCAACAAGCGCUCUGCAGAAAGCCAUUGAACUGGUGACAAAGGCGACGGAAGAUGAUACCGCUGGAAAAUAUGAUUCAGCUUUGAGGUUCUACGAUCAAGCCAUCGAAUAUUUUCUGCAUGCUAUCAAAUAUGAAUCACAAGGCGAGAAGCAGAAGCAGGCGAUUCGGUCGAAAGUCGCUGCAUAUCUGAAUCGAGCGGAGCAAAUUAAAAAGUUUUUGAAAGACGGAAAAGAGCGAAAACCGGUGAAAGAUGGUAAAGAUGAUGAUUCUGACGAAGACAGUGAUAAGAAGAAGCUUCAGGAUAAGUUGAGUGGCGCUAUUGUCAUGGAGAAGCCAAAUAUUAAGUGGAGUGAUAUUGCGGGUCUUGAAGGUGCCAAAGAAGCACUUAAAGAAGCGGUCAUAUUGCCUAUAAAAUUUCCACAACUGUUCACAGAAUAUAAUUUUUCGGAUCGAUUUCAACUUACUGAAGCAUGA